UCCAGUCGUGGCUUUGUCUUUCCUAGCUUUGUUUCAUCAUCCUUCCUGAACUCAAUCCUACCAAACGCCCCAAGAGGUACAGCUCCAUCGUCGCCGUGCUUCUCAGCGUCAAGGCGUUUUCGCAUCACCCCAGAACACGGUAAUCCCCUCCGUCUGUCCCGCACCCACAAUGAGGUCCGAUCCAAGCCAGAACAAGAAGAGAAAGAGCGCAAUAGCCAGGCGGUGGAGUAUCCUCACACUGCGGCCCGACUACCAGUGUCCCCAGGAUCGCUCCGACUCGCCUUGCCCCACUCUCAAGCCGGCAGAGGAGAUGGCAGUCGCUCCUCCUCAUAACGCUCCCGCAACUUCACUCGCACAACGUCUAGCCCGUUGCGUUUCACUCAAGAUUCUCCCGAGCUCAAGCACGAGAGCGAGCGACGCAGAUGACAAGGAGGAGAUCAAGGCGUCAAGACGUCUCUCUUGGCUUCCCCAAGCAAGCUCUUCAUCCCCAGUGGCCGCGACGCACUAUCCGCUCCCCGCCCUGUCAGAGCGUGAGGCCGAGGUAGAGACCGACGAGGACGAUGGGGAGGAGGAGGAAGAGGAAGGGUACGAAGACGAAUGGUCGACAAGACGACACGAGCGACUGGGUACCAGCUCAAGCACGAGCGGGAGUGCCUCGUCUUCACAAUGCUCUUCCAGCCUCACCUCGCCCUCCCGCUCCGCAAGCGGUACGCGACUCCCACGUCCCUUGUCCUCCUACUCCUACUCACAUACGUGCUCCUCGCCCAUCACCCCCUCCUUCGAGUCUUUCUCCCGAAGAAGGUUCGGGGGGCGCGAGCGUCAAGGUACCACCACUAUCUCCUCCAGCAGCAGUAGCAGCAGCAGCAGCAUGGCGAGCAGUCCCCCUACCUCGCCCAUCCUCCCCUCAUCAUCCUCAACGUACAUCUCCGAGUGGGGUCCACCCCCGCGCAGACGCUGGGCGGCAGACGACUGGGAUGGCGAUGGCGAAGGAGAGGAUGAACUGAUUGCAGGGGUGGGUCAGCGAGCACAGCAGCAACAGCAGCCACAGGAUGUCUUCGUACCGCUGGUCUGGUCGAGGGUAGAAGAGGAAGGGAAGUUCCAAAGAAGAGGAGACAGGGAGAGCUAUUCGGCUUAUUCGAGCUUUGCCUCGUCUCAAAGGUCCUUCUCUGCUUCACUCCUUGGCGCGGCAGCGGCGACGACAGCGGCGGAGGAGGAGGAGGUGGUGGGUGGGCAGGACCACCAGCAGGCAGUGCUGCCGCCGCCACCACCACCACCGCGCUAUACUCGCUCAGAGCUGGUGAUGGACGACCUGCCUCCUCCAUGGAGCGAAGAAGCAUCCCCGCCACGGCGUUAUUCUCGCAUCUCGUCUACGUGGAGGGGGACUACGCGCUGAUCCCCAGCUUCAGCUUUGACCGAGGGAGCAUCACGCCUGCCGCCUCCCUACCUGCUUAUACCUCUUUGCUUGACCUUGAAUGAAUGAAUGAUACCUCUUUCUUGAUUGACGCGGUCGGUGUGGUGUGAAUGACAUGCGGCGUCCCUUCUUGCCUCCCUCUCGCCUUGCCUCCGUCUCUUUGCUGACCCACGCAUCUUUUCUCCUGC